UGCCCCACGUUCAAGCGGGAAGCCGACGGCACCGAGACCCCCGAGCCCUUUGCAGCAGAAGCCAAGUUCUUCACAGAGUCGCGGCUGCUGCAGAGAGACGUCCAGAUCGUCCUUGAGAGCUGCCACAACCAGAACAUCCUGGGCACCAUCCUGCACCCGAACGGGAACAUCACGGAGCUGCUGCUGAAGGAGGGCUUCGCCCGCUGCGUUGACUGGUCCAUGGCCGUCUACACCCGGGGGGCAGAGAAGCUGCGAGCCGCGGAACGGUACGCCAAAGAACACCGGCUGCGGAUCUGGAGGGACUACGUGGCUCCCACAGCCAACCUGGACCAGAAGGAGAAGCAGUUUCAGGCCAAGGUGGUGCAGGUGCUGAAUGCAGACGCCAUGGUGGUGAAGCUGAAUUCCGGGGACUACAAGACCAUCCACCUCUCCAGCAUCCGGCCUCCCAGACUGGAAGGGGAAGGGCCUCAGGACAAGAACCGGAAGCUCCGUCCCCUCUAUGACAUCCCCUACAUGUUCGAGGCCAGGGAGUUCCUGCGCAAGAAGCUGAUCGGGAAGAAGGUGAACGUCACGGUGGACUACAUCCGGCCGGCCAGUGGGGCCACCGACACGGUUCCCGCCUUCUCAGAGCGCACCUGUGCCACAGUCACCAUUGGCGGCAUCAACAUUGCCGAAGCGCUGGUCAGCAAGGGGCUGGCCACCGUCAUCCGCUACCGCCAGGACGAUGACCAGCGCUCCUCCCACUAUGACGAGCUGCUGGCUGCUGAGGCCCGGGCGGUCAAGAACGGCAAAGGCUUGCACAGCAAGAAGGAGGUGCCCAUCCACCGAGUGGCCGACAUCUCCGGGGACACCCAGAAGGCCAAGCAGUUCCUGCCCUUCCUGCAACGGGCCGGCCGCUCGGAGGCCGUGGUGGAAUACGUCUUCAGCGGCUCCCGCCUGAAGCUCUACCUGCCCAAGGAGACCUGCCUGAUCACCUUCUUGCUGGCAGGCAUCGAGUGUCCCCGUGGAGCCCGGAACCUGCCAGGCCUGGUCCAGGAAGGGGAGCCCUUCAGCGAAGAAGCCAUGCUGUUCACGAAGGAGCUGGUGCUGCAGCGAGAGGUGGAGGUGGAGGUGGAGAGCAUGGACAAGGCCGGGAACUUCAUUGGCUGGCUGCACAUCGAGGGGCUCAACCUCUCGGUGGCCCUGGUGGAGCAGGCUCUCUCCAAAGUGCACUUCACGGCCGAGCGCAGCAACUACUUCAAGCCCCUGACGGUGGCCGAGGCCGCCGCCAAGCAGAAGAAGGAGAAGGUGUGGUCACAGUACGAAGAGCCCCCCGUGGAAGACGUGGUGCCCACAGUCGAGGAGAAGGAGCGCACGGCCAACUAUAAGCCGGUCUUCGUGACCGAGGUCACCGACGACCUCCACUUCUACGUGCAGGAUGUGGAGACGGGGACCCAGCUGGAGAAGUUGAUGGAGAGCAUGCGGGGCGAGAUUGCUGCCUGUCCCCCCGUGGAGGGGGCCUACACACCCCGUCGUGGGGACUUCUGCAUUGCCAAAUUUGUAGAUGGAGAAUGGAUACACAUUGUACUUGGAAUUCCACAGCAAUUACGCAGUCUUGCUUUUUGGAUUGUCAUGGAGGAACCAUGCAAGACAGAAAUUUUAUUGUACUUUUGCCAGUUUACAGAAAAUGUGAACAUGCUUGUACUGCGGAACAUGGUGCACGAAUAUGGAGUUGAAGGGCUGGUCAUGGUGGAGGCCCGCAAGGAGAAGCAAUUCCAGAAAGUGAUCACUGAAUACGUGAAUGCGCAGGAGGCUGCCAAGAGUGCCCGGCUGAACCUGUGGCGUUAUGGAGAUUUCCGCGCUGACGAUGCAGAUGAAUUUGGCUACAGUCGCUGAGACCCUCCACCUCCCUGCCCCCCCCCCCACCGCCACAGCCUGUGCCUGCAGCUAGAGCCUGGCGCCUGCAGGGGCACAGGGAGGCACUCAGACCUCCAGGGAGCAGGCCCUGCAAAGCAGGGGAGGAGGAGGAGGAGGAGGAGGAGGAGGAGGAGGAGGAGCGCUCCCCAAACCGCCCCCAGCAGCUGCACCUGGCCUCUUGAUGAGCAAGCAGGAGAAAUGAUUUAAGUCGAGCUUUGGAAGCAAAUAAAAGUAGUGAGAAGCUGG